AUAAUGGUAGCAACUUUCAAGUUAGAAAAAAUAGAAUUUGUUCAUCAAUCUAUAGGAUAUUCAUCUUCACUUAAAAUCCAAGUUGGAGAAUUAACAUGUGAUGAGUGUCCUUCUAUUCUGUGGCAUGAAUUUCAGGUAAAAUUCCGCACAAGGUCCACAUCACGUACUGGUUUAUAUUCGAAUAUUCCAACUAGAUCCAAGGUGAAACUGAGAUUAGAUCACGAACCUGCUCCAUAUUUUUUUUCCCUAAUGGAUUCGGAUAUCACUGAGAGAGAUCAGUUUUUGAAAAUUUUCAAAGAUUCGUUGUUCAUUAAAGUUAAUGAUUUAUCACUUCAUUUGAAAACAAGUACUUUGGCAGGGUUAGCCGAACUCACAGAAGAUGAAUUCUUGCCAACAAUAUUCGAGUUAAAGGUUACUGUGGAAAAUGUGCAAAUUGACCUGGAGGAUGAUCAUCCAUCAGUUAAUGUUACUUCGUUUGAUCGGGCACCACUGGUACUCAACGUCAUUCAACUCUACAUAUUUCGGAAUGAAGAUGGUAUAUUCAAUAUUUCUCCUACUUUCCCAAUGAAUUUUAAUACCGGCAAGUUUACAGAAAGUGAAAUCAGGCCUGAUUUGAAGAAUCAACUGUAUUUAGAUAAUGAGGAAUUGAGAAGACGUUUAAUGGCAUUCGAAAGAGUUUCAGAAGAAAACCGUUCUUUACGCAAAACAAAGGAGGAGUCUACUAUACUUCGUUCUCGUUUGAAAAAAUCACAAGAAGAAAUUGCUCAGCUGAUAACAGAUAAAACAAAAUUAAUCAAUGAAAUUAAAAAAUUACGAGAACAAAUAUCAUCAAAAGAGAGUAGUUCUAUGGUCAAUAGCAGUAAAAGAUAGCAAAACUGUUUUGACUGUACAAAUUACUGUAGUAAUGUUAAACGUUAGCAGUAUUUGACGGUCAUUUGGUUUUUAUAUAUGAUAAUUUGUUUAUAUUUCCUGUAUAACAGGUAGAACUAGUUCCAGCCAUCGAGUGAAACUAUAAUAUAAGUUUAUUCCUGACCUUUUUUUACUCAAAUAUUUACUUAAAGUUAUAUAUGAAAAGAUGGUAUGAGCUUUUAAGAACUUAUUAUGUUUUAGAAAAAUGAUAUUGUAAAAUUAAAAAGAUUGUAAAUAAAUGGAGUGAAUGAAGUUUUGAA